GGCAGUUGCUCAGCGGAGUGGCACAUGCACCGGGUCUGCUAUACAUUGUUUCCUUGACACCCUCUUCUUCAUUUCUGGUGGUAGGACGCUAUUAGCUCCUCUUAUCCUAAUACAUUUUUUAGGCUUUCCACUAUUUGCUUCGUCAAACCAAGCCACCAAGACAACGCGGCGUCACACCUCUCUAGUUUUCUUAAAUUCCCUUCUGGGGUCCAGUCAUCUCCCGUUCACUUCCUCUCUUCACACCCUGGUCUCGUCACAUCGCGUAACCCUCAUUUAUGAGAACGCGAACUCUAGGCAGACUCAAAAAGUCGUUGCCUUUUGUUUUGACACAUUCAACGCCACCAAACAAUCAACCAUUACCCAAAAAUCCUAUGAGUGCCUCAUCGUCAUCGAAUACCGCCCCGGUGGCAGCAACCGCUGCAUACUCCACGACCGUCUCCAAGAUCCCCGGUCGAUCCUUGAUCCCCAACGACGCAAAGUCUAAUCCUCACCAUGUUGUUAAAGGUGGCAGCGUGACUGGGUUCAAAAACCCAUAUCCUUCAUGGAACGACCUCGUCAGCCCUGCCAAGAUGCUGCGUCGAGUGGUCUGGCCGAUCUUGACAGGCGAGCUAAAAUUGCCUGAUACUUCUCCCCCGACUGUCAAUGUCGUUAAGCCCGAAUGGCUCCCUAGUCGCAAAGCAUCCGACAAGCUCCGCGCUACAUGGCUUGGCCACGCCUGCUACUACGUCGAAUACCCGUCCGGCCUCCGAGUGUUGUUUGACCCUGUCUUUGAAGACAGAUGCUCCCCAUUCACAUUCAUGGGCCCCAAGAGAUUCACUCCACGCCCUUGCGAUAUUGCCGACAUUCCCUACGUUGACGCUGUAGUCAUUAGCCACAGCCACUACGACCAUCUAUCCCACACGUCGAUCCUUGAAAUCCAAAAGAAGCACCCGAAGGUACAAUUCUUUGUUGGUCUCGGCUUGGAAACCUGGUUCCGCAAGUCAGGCCUAAACAACGUCACCGAGCUUGAUUGGUGGGAAGAUGCCGAUUUGACAGUAACAAUUAAAGGCGAAGGCGCAGAGAAGGAGGAGACCAUCACGGCGCAUAUCUCUUGUUUACCCUGCCAGCAUACGUCGGCGCGAACGCCAUUUGACAAGGAUACCACGCUCUGGUGCUCAUGGGCUGUCAAGUCUGGAGAGAAGAGUGUUUGGUUUGGCGGAGACACAGGCUAUCGUGCCGUUCCUCAGAUCCAGGCCAACGUAGACGACUACGGCCCCGAGUUCGAAGCCCUUCCUAGAUGCCCACAGUUCAAACAAAUAGGCGAUCUGCGCGGGCCCUUCGAUCUUGGCUUGAUCCCUAUUGGCGCGUAUUACCCCCGAGCCGCAUUCUCUGCAAUGCAUGCGAAUCCUUUCGACUCUGUCGAGAUUUUCGUCGACACUAAAUGCGAAAAGGCCAUGGGCAUUCAUUGGGGCACAUGGGCACUGACGAUGGAGGAGGUUCUGGAGCCGCCACAAUUGCUCAAGAAGGCACUUGUGAGAAAGGGUAUCCCUGAAGAAGGAGUGUUUGAUGUUUGCGAUAUUGGUGCUAGCAGAGAGUUUUAGUAGCUUUGUUUAUUGUUCUACAGGGCUAAGCUGCCUGGUUUGUAUAAUAAUAGUGUUCUAGCGGGAUUUGAAGUUAUUUAUGGAAAUACCAUCAUCUAUUUAUUGAUAUCCGUUCUCAACGUUGCCUUUAUGUGGCCUAUAAAUAGAAAACUCGCUUCUACAUUAACCACGAAUGGAAUGGCAACCAAGUACCCAUAUUUAUAUUUUGGCUCAUCUGUAUAAGCACAGGUCGUGCCAUAUCCAAAGAACGCCGGUAGCCCAAUAAACGCCAAAUAAAAUGCUUUAAUGUAUAAAAUUGUCAUGGCUGGCGCAGCCUCGCAAGAGCUGCUGCAACCCCAUCAGACACCUCUUCAGAAGGAGGCUUUUGUUGGUUUUCACUUGACACCUUGGGUUCCUGCGCCCCGGGAUUAUCGUCAUCGGAGUCGCUAUCGCUCGGUUCAGCGGCAAAUUGGAAAGUCUUCUUCGGUGCUGUGUUGGAAGCUUGUGAAUGGCUCCCGGUAGCGGGCGUCGAUGCGCCAGACCUGCUUGACGGCGUGGGGCCAUACAUUUCUCGCAGUGGGACAGCUGAGACGGGGAUUGAUGUAUCGCCCCGCGGUUUUGCCCUUCUCUUAGCCGCCUUGACUGCCCUAAAUGGUUCUUCCACUGCCGAAGUCCAUCGCUUGACUUUGGCGCCACCCCAGCCGCUCAAGGAGCUGAGCUGCUCCGCGUCUGCGUUGAUGGCAUUCUUCAAGCUGCCAAAAUUAGCAACCAGCGAUACAGCAUCCGACUUGUUCAAGCUUCGUGGAACGGUGACAAAAUCAAUCAACUUUUCAGCGUACGUCGAUGACUGCUUGCCCUUAAUGGCUUCGAAGUUGGCGUGCUCGUACGCUUUAUAGAGCUCGAGAUAGCGCGCAGCUUCGGCAGCGGACCAGCAAGCGAUGAUCGUGACAUUGUUGACGACAGAUGUCUUGGAUAGCUCCUUCAGCGAGUCUUCAUGAUUGGGAAUAUCGACCAUGGUAAGAAGAAUUCGGAGUAGAUAUUUGCCUUGCAGGUCGCGAAUUCGUUUGUAGACGUAUUCGGGAUGAAGGCGAUGAUACUUGAG